CAUACCAAAAAUCGAAGACCAAAAGUGAAACUGAAAUUACUUUUCGGCCAAUUACAGCUAAGCCCCUAGAGAAAAAGAGCUCUGAAUUAAACUUAUGCAACGCGGCCAAGUGAAAAUGGUUAUUUUUCAACUGACGUUGCGUUUGACGUGAAUUAAAAGUGUUAUGCAAAGCCCCGAAACCCGGAAAAGCGCCCUACGAAUGUCAAAGCCCAAGGCCCGAGUCUCGUUUCUAUUUUCAAGGAUAUUCCACUGAACAUUUGCAUUGGAUAGCCAUAAAACUAAAUGCAACAUUGAUAAACCAAAUGGGAUAGCAAAUAUUGUGCAAGCUAUCAAGUGCUGAACUGUAAGACUGGCCAAAAUUGCAAUUACUGAUCGGCACCUUUGACAGGCCACCCUUUUCCACCCUUUUCCACCCUGAAACCCGAAACCCUUUUGCCCAGCAAGUUGGCUAAUUGCAAUGACCAAUAUUUGAACUGGCUUCGUGGUGUACAUAUUUAUUUUUAUAAUUAUGGGAAAUUGUACACUCGACGAGGAAAGCACUCAAUUUUGUGAGUGACUAUUUGAGCCAAUAACCAUAACAACCAGCGAGUGCCGGGCCUAAGCCAAGUUAGUCAAAACAAAACGGCCAAAACAGGUGCAAAACAUUGCCACAUCAGUGUUCCGCCUUCGGUUUUCCAGGGGGUGGGUUCGAAAACGGAAAAACUAAAAUAAAACAAACUGAAAUAGAGGCAAACAAAAAUCGAAUAGAACAUAAUUGCAUUGUGCGGGCCACUGCAAUACUGCACCCGUUAACACAGGGGCUUACCAAAUCAAAUUGGUUGUUCGUGGGCCAACAAUAAAUAUAACAUACGAGUAUGUAUGUAUGAUUUGAGUGCUGCGUACAUCACUGGACAAAUAUAAAACGAGAAACGUUUAAUUGACCCUAAAAUCACUGAGGCGUUCAAUUUGUGUUCCCUUGUUCUUCUUUUUUUGCCAACGGCUGUUACCAAAAACUAUUGUGGCUCCGACUGUCAGAGGGCCCAGUGCGUGAAUCUGUGUAAUGAGUGUGUGCAGUGCCAUAAAUUCCAGAAUUCUACUUCCACAAAAAACUCUAUUGAUUUUCCCGAAGUGAGAGAAUAUGCGAAACAGAAAUAUUUUCCACCGCAUUACUUUGCACUGAUAGUGGGGAAAAUCACGAAGAAACGGACAUGGAAAAGUGGAAACUGUGCCAAGCCAAAGUCUGUGUUAGUGUGACAAUUUUUAAUGCGAUUAAAGUGCAGCACUCUCCACGCAGUCGGCAAAAUGCUUGAAGUGGCCGGCAAAAAUGGCAACAGCUAAAAAUGAAAAAAAAAUACAAUACUGCCCACUGCAGCUAAUAUCCAACUUACCAGUUUCUUUCUCCCUUCUAGCAACCAAAAAUAAAAUAAAAUGAUAUCAAUUAUCAGUAAAUGUUGAAGGAAAGACUGCUGCAUUGCUUAGUUAUCAACGGACAUUUUUUGUAUUUAAUUAAAAAACUUUAAAACUUUAAAGAUGAAGGUCAUGGACGCUUUGCAAUCUGGACGGAGAAAGCCAUUACCAGUUGCUCUCGUAUGCAUCCUAGUCACUGUGUUCUGCAUCUUGGAGUGCCAUGGAGUGGAGCUGACAUCACCCACCAAGAAGUCCGCUCCCCUUCGAAUAACCAAACCGCAGCCCACAAGUCAGCAGGCCAAGUCCAUCAGUAUUACCACAAAGGCCCCAACCACGGUGGCUGCAACCACCGAUGAUGAAGUCUCCAGCUCCAGUCCCAGCUCCGCCGAUGGUCAGCUGGCCCCGCUCAUCUCAUCCACAAGCGAGGGACCCAGCAGUGGAACAACUGCCAGCUUGGUGCCGGAAAUAUGUCUCAAUGGUCUGCAGUUGACGGUCAACAGUGCGGAUGAGGGAACGGUUAUACGGAAGCAGGAGGAGUUUGUCAAGAUACUCGAAGGAGAUGUGGUGCUCAGUGUCCUGACCAAGGAUCCCGACUCCGCGUUGUUCGUUAUCAAUCGUGUGAACCAGGCGAAUCUUAUUAUGGCAGACUUUGAAAUUGGAAUUCGCGCCAUCAGCAUCGACAAUGCCAGCCUGGCCGAGAACUUGCUCCUCCAAGAGGUUCAGUUUCUGCAACAGUGCACGACGUACUCGAUGGGCAUAUUCGUGGACUGGGAGCUGUAUAAACAACUGGAGCCUGUUAUCAAGGACUUGGAGUACAAUAUCUGGCCAAUACCGGGAACGCGGGCGCACCUCUUGCCCAAAGUUGCGCACUUGCUGCAUCAAAUGCCUUGGGGCGAAAAAAUCGCAUCCGUGGAAAUAGCAACCGAAACGCUGGAGAUGUACAAUGAAUUCAUGGAAGCCGCUCGCCAGGAGCACAUGUGCCUCAUGCACUUCAAGAGUGACGAGAAUGUUUACAUCAUGUUUGGCAAUAAGCUAGCUAGUCACUUCAAGGAAAACGGCACUCUAUUUUCCGUGCCCACCGAUAGAACAGACGAUGAAUUCCUGGCAGACUUACCAAACAGAGCUUUUGUGCUCAUGGAAAACGAAAUUGACCUGAGCACUUCCGUUGAAUUGGACGCCACGCCCACCGCUCUGGACGAGAUCCUGAUCGGGAAGAGUGUGCUGCCAUCGCGAGUGCUCAGCUUCGCCGGCUCCAUAAUCGACCUGAUGAACUGGCUGCGCGGUUCCCUGUCCAAGCACUGCAAGCGAGGUGAGGAGCACGACUUGUAUGUGCUGGAGAGUUGCUUCAACUUUCUGAACUUCAUCGAGGACUGGCGGACAUCGGAGUACCGACAAGCCCAUGAUACGGCUGAGAUCCUGUCGCUGCUGCUGAUGCGCAAGCUGGGUACCGCCAUGAACUUUCAGAUGUACCAGAAGAAAGUGCUGACCCUGGACAAGAUCACGGGUGAAUCGCGUACCGAACUGCGCGAGAUUGCGUCGCAGAACUUUGUGACCAAUGUGACCACGUACUAUCACUACAAUCGAGACAAUCACACCAGCUUGGAGCUGAAGACCAAGUUCGGUCAGGUGUUCAACUGCCAGUAUAGUGCUGGUGACAAUAGGCGGUAUCCAUUCCUGUUCGAUGGCGAAUCCGUGAUGUUCUGGCGCAUCAAGAUGGACACAUGGGUGGCAACUGGGCUGACGGCUGCUAUCCUGGGCCUGAUUGCCACGCUGGCCAUCCUGGUGUUCAUUGUGGUGCGCAUCUCGUUGGGCGACGUCUUCGAGGGAAAUCCGGCCACCUCGAUUCUCCUUCUGCUCUCGCUCAUCCUCGUCUUCUGCUCCUUUGUGCCCUUUUCGAUUGAAUACGUGGGGGAGCAGCGCAAUUCGCAUGUGACCUUCGAGGAUGCCCAAACUCUGAAUACCCUGUGUGCAGUGAGGGUGUUCAUCAUGACCCUGGUCUACUGUUUUGUGUUUUCCCUGCUCCUCUGCCGCGCCGUGAUGUUGGCUUCUAUUGGCUCCGAAGGUGGCUUCCUAUCCCAUGUGAAUGGCUAUAUCCAGGCGGUGAUUUGUGCCUUCAGUGUUGUGGCACAAGUGGGCAUGUCCGUGCAACUUCUGGUGGUGAUGCACGUCGCCUCGGAGACUGUGUCCUGCGAGAAUAUUUACUAUGGUCGUUGGUUGUGGGGCCUAUUGGCCUACGACUUUGCUCUGCUGUGCUGUGUGGGCGCGUUGAUACCCUCUAUAUACAGAUCCCAACGUAAUUAUCGGGAGGGCAUACUCAUUGUCAUUGGAUCGGUUCUGAUAAUGGUGAUUUGGGUGGCCUGGAUAGCACUGUCUCUAUUCGGGGACGAGUGGAGGGAUGCGGCCAUUCCACUGGGAUUGCAGGCCUCUGGUUGGGCGGUACUGGUGGGCAUCCUGAUACCGCGCACCUUCCUCAUCGUAAGGGGUAUCGAGCGGUCGGAUAUUGCCCAAGCUCUGCCUUCACUCACUUCGCUGGCUUUCGCCCAGAACAAUCAGUACUCCUCGGAACAGAGUGUUUACGAGUGCGUGAAUCCCGCCAUGCGGCACUGUUCACAGGAGGAGGUGAACCACCAAUCGCCCAGUGAGAUUCCCACGUUACCCCUCCGAGGAGGAGGCCCACGUCGCCAGCAGUUCUUCGCCAAUCUCCGCCAGGCCAAUGCCAACAUCAAUCCGCAACGUCCUCCACCUCGACCCCAGCAGAGUCCCUCCCGAUCCUCGGUGUCCUCGCUGCCGCCCUCGCCCGAUCACAACAAGAUCACCCGUUUCUAGCUCAUGAGGGCAUAGUGAGGCACUUCUAGUCAACGCUCCCCGUACGUGAAUUCAGCUAAGAACUGUCCAACAUUUUGAAUCACUGACGAACCAAGAACUUAUAGAAGUUGAUAAAAUAAAUAAUAAA